AUGUCCUCCGCCACAGCUCAGGCACAAGCUGGCAGCAGCAGCUGGACUGCUUUCCUAAAGUCCAUUGCCUCAUUCAACGGCGACCUCUCGUCUCUAACGGCCCCGCCCUUCAUCCUUUCGUCGCAGUCGCUGACCGAAUUCUCCUCGUACUGGUCGACACACCCGAACCUGCUUGUCGCCGCCGCCUCUGAGGCCGAUCCCGCCAAGCGCUCCAUGCUAGUGCUCAAGUGGUUUCUUUCCACACUCAAGCACCAGUACGCCAGCCGCAGCGAGCAAUUCGGCAACGAAAAGAAGCCACUGAACCCGUUUCUGGGCGAGCUCUUUCUUGGAUCAUGGAAUGAUGCAGCUGGCAAGACUACCCUUGUGUCUGAGCAAGUCAGCCACCACCCGCCUGCUACCGCCUACUGCAUCCGCAACGAUAAGACUGGCAUUAAGCUUGAGGGCUACAAUGCGCAAAAAGCCACUUUUCACAGCACCAUCAUUGUCAAGCAGAUUGGCCACGCGGUGCUGACUAUUCCCAUUGGCGACAAGAAGGAGCCUGAGCAUUACCUCAUUACACUGCCAUCUCUCCACAUCGAGGGCCUCAUCUUUGGCGCCCCAUUUGUCGAGCUUGAUGGCACAAGCUAUAUAACCAGCUCCAGCGGCUUCAGCUCUAAGGUUGACUACAGUGGCAAGGGGUGGCUUUCUGGAAAGAAGAACACUGUUAUUGGCACCAUCACCCCCACCGGCAAGGAAAAGGAUGUGCUCUAUAACGUGACAGGACAAUGGAAUGAGAAGCUCGAAUUUUACUCUGGCGCGGCCAAGAAAAACUCUAAGUCUACUUUUGUCGAUGAGUACGACGCCGCCAAUGUCGCACAGACAGAGCUCCAGAUUGCCCCUGUAGAGAAGCAACACCCGCUCGAAUCACGCCGCGCCUGGGCCAAGGUUGCUGCAGGCAUUCAAUCCGGCGACAUGGAUGCCGUGUCCGCCGAGAAGGGCAAAAUCGAGAAUGCGCAGCGUGCCCUGCGCCACAAAGAGACGGCUCAGGAAACCGCUUGGAAGCGCCGCUACUUUACGGCCGUGGCUGUUGGCACCACCGACCCUAUUCUCGAGAAGCUCGGUGCUGUUGGCGGGGUGGCUCUCGACGGCGAGCGCGACAAAACGGGCGGCCUGUGGAGAUUCGAUGCCAAGAAGGCUGAGGCUGCUGAUGCAGAAACUUUGACUGAAGAGCAAACUACGUCGCUGCAAAAGGAAGUGCUGGGCCAAUCAUUGUCUUAA